AAAACUCCCAUUCCUCCGACUCCAAUCCAAUCCAACGCUUCCUUCCUCGCAAAGCCUCUGCGAAUCUCGCGCACGCAGAAACCGCUCCCAAACCCUAGACGCAAUGGUGGUCACCAUCGAUCUCCGGGAGGUCACCAUCGAUCUCCGGGAGGAGGACGAGGCGGCGGCGGCGGCGGCGAUGAAGGCCAUCGCUGGGAGGAGCGACGAGGAGGUCCUCGCGGCGGUGCUCGCGCGCAAGGGUGGCCCUGUCCCGUUCCUCCAGGCGGCGAUCGACGCCGCGGCGGCGGCGGCGACGAAGGCCAUCGCUGGGAGGAGCGACGAGGAGGUCCUCGCAGCGGUGCUCGCGCGCAAGGGUGGCCCUGUCCCGUUCCUCCAGGCGGCGAUCGACGUCGCGCAGCGGCGAUCCGACCUGUUCCUCGACCCCUCCGCACCGGGGGUGGUGGCGGAGAUGGCGGUGGAAGCCCAGGCCAAGGCGGAGGCGGAGGAGAGGCGGAAGAGGGCGAAGGGGGAGCCGAGGAAGGCGGAGGAGAUGCUGAAGGAGGAGGAGCCGAUGAAGGCGGAGGAGAUGCUGAAGGAGGAGGAGCCGAUGAAGGCGGAGGAGAUGCUGAAGGAGGAGCCGAGGACGCCGAUGAGAGAGGCGGGGAGGGACAAGGUGGAGAGGGCAGCGGUAGUGGAGCGCGUAAGAGACCCUAAGCCUAAUGCUGGAAAUGGUCUGGACUUGGAGAAAUAUUCCUGGACUCAGGAAAGGCCAGAGGUUACCAUAACCAUUCCAGUUCCCCAAGGAACAAAAUCAAGUCUUGUCACUUAUGAGAUUAUGAAGAACCAUCUGAAGGUUGGACUGAAGGGUUGCUCUUUUAUAAUUGAUGGGGAGCUUUUUGAGCCAGUUAAAGUUAAUGACUGCUUGUGGACCAUUGAGGAUGGGAAUACACUGUCUAUACUUUUGACAAAGGAAAACCAGAAGGAAUGGUGGACAUCAGUGAUAAAAGGUGACCCUGAACUUGACCCCCGCGACAUGAAAGUACCUGAACUCCGUGAUUGUGAUGUUGAGGCCAAAGAGACUAUUGUGAGGAUACUAAGUCAUGGAUUGCCCAAGAGAGCUAUGGAUCCUGCAACAAGUGAUGAUAUCCAGCAAGAGGAACUUCUGAAGAAUGCCCAGUACUCGCAUAUGGAUUCCUAAGGCAAAAAUUGAGGAUGUUGAACCCAAGAAGUGUACAUACAUCAUCCUUUGACAGAGAAUAGAAGUUCAGACACAGAACAGAAGGUCACAUCAUCUUUUUUGUACCGGGUUAGGAAGCUCAAAUACUGAAGACUUCUCUGCUAGUACGAUUUAGCUCUAUGGUAACUAGUAAUCCUCGAAUCAUAGCCUGGUAGUCACACAAUGUUAGUCUAUAAACAUGAAGCUGCACCUAUUCAGAAACCUUCCUCUUAAACACCUUAUCCUGUAUCUACUCAGCAGUAACAUGGUCGAGAUUUUGUGCUCUAAGCUCUGGUGGUUGUGCAAAUGGAUAUCGGCAUCUACAAAGCAAAUGCAGUUCCUCUCUCUUUGGUUUU